AAAUUCCAUGUAGUUUAUAUUUAUUAUGUUUAUUAAUAAAUACGUAUGUUGCGCGUAUAAAACGUUGCACAAAUUGCAAAUGUAGACUUUUAUUUGUUUUGGUUUAACAGCUGUUUGUGUUCGACACAAAAGUUUUUUGGAGUCAUUGAUAAAUAGGGUAUAAGCAGAGUAGAGUGAAUUAAGAGGGUGGGCGUGCAAAUUUAAUUGAUAAGCAAAAAAAGUUUUUUUAUAAAAGCAAAAACAUAUUAAGACCAGCAGAAAAUUAAAGCUAAUGUCAGCUUGAAGACUUAAUUUGCUUUAUUAAACGAAGUAAAAAUGAAUGAAUUGAAAGCACCGUCGUUGCAAUCAUUGCUGGAGUCCGACCAUGGAUCCGCAGAUAGUUUGUUGGCAGAAUCAUUGCAAUUGGACAUAGAAGAUCUGGAUGAGGUCGAGUUUUCAAUACCGCCAACGGGGGCGUUAUCGACUUUAGAUUCUAUAUUGAGUGAAUUUGAAGCAGACUCAGAUAUUGCAUCACAACUAAGUUUACCAAUACCCACUCCAACACCUUCGAUAGCGGAAGAUGGUUGCGUACGUGGAGAUGGCUCUGGUGGUAUCGGUUCUAUUAUGCGCUAUGCCAUGAUGCAAGGCGUAUCAGCACAAAUUUCUUCUGCUGCUGAUCGUGUUAGUGCGGGUUUAGCAUCAUCAUGUGCUGUAUCUGCGCUUAUUGCUGUCGGUACUUCACAUGGACACAUACUUACAUUUGAUGUCACGCAAACAUUGCGUUGGGCGCAUCAAGAUAAAAAUGGACAAGGUGCUGUUGGUGCACUUGCAUUUAAUCCAGAUUGUACAAGACUACUUGCUGGCUAUGCGCGCGGGCUUGUGGUAAUGUUUGAUACACAAUCCGGUGAUGCUUUGCGAAACGUUUACGAUGCUAUAACGCCCAACACAGGAGUAUUACAUGUGAAAUGGACAUCUCGAUCUGCACUUGCCGUGUGCGCUGAUUCAGGUGGUUCAGUAUGGUCAUUGAGUUUCACACGUAAGCUCGGCAUACGUGGUUGCUCUUCUCGUUGUUUAUUUAGUGGUGCACGUGGCGAAGUUUGUGCAGUGGAACCUUUGAUAAUAAAUGCUAGUAGUCAUCAUGACUUAGAUCAGUACUGUAUAGUGGCCUUAGCAACCCUUUCCAAAUAUUUUAUAGUUACAAUACGUCCACGGCUAAAAGUCAUUAAGUAUCAUGCACUGCAGGGGCCAGCAGAUUGUUUACCACUACUAGCGUGGCAAAUGGUAUUAAUACAAGCAGCAGACACAACACGUACAGUGGAUCCGGUAAUUGUUGUCGGUCGAGGCAAUCAAUUAUUCUUUCAUCAACUAUUCAUGACAAAUGGACGAAUAACACUUUUAUAUUUAAGACAUGUACAAAUGCAAGCGAAUCUUUUAUCAGCACAUUGGUUGGGCCCAAAAUGUGUUGGUUGCAUAGAUACGUCUGAGAUAUUGCAUUUAAUCGAUGUACGUUCAAGUAGAGAACUGGAGUGUAUUGAUAUGGCCAAUGCUGGACUGGUCUAUGGUUCGGCACAAUUCAAAGGCUUAGCGACGGGUGGUAAUGUGUCGCCAGCUUUAGCUUUAGCGGGCACACAUGCAUGCUACAAUUCGAUUUCAGCACGAGGCACACAAUUGUAUAUAUUAGGUUCACGUUCAUUACAUUUAAUUGGUGUGCGCACUUGGACGGAACGCAUAAAUUAUCUAGUGAAAAAUCAGCGCUGGCAGGAAGCUUGUGAUCUCGCUUUGGAUGGCUAUCGAGCGGCAGCAGAUCGUCCUAAACGCAAAGCACAAGCAAAGGAACGUAUAAUUGCGCUAUUUCAAGAGUACAUAGCGACAUCAGCAAGAGCGCCUGAUUAUUGUUUGGGUGCAAUUGUAAAAUGUCUUAUAACGAUUGGCCAAAUGGAUUUGUUGUGUUCAGAGCUAUGGGAGCGACUUGAAAACACGAGUCUGUUCUUGCAACACAUAACGGAGCAUAUUGAGCAGGAACACAUACGCAGCAUAAGUCCAGUAAUUUCGCAGGCUUUAGUUGAUUACUGGCAACAGUUGUCACCGGCUAAAUUGGAAGAAAUCAUUUUAAAAUUGGAUUGGAUGUGCUUAGAUUUGAAUCAAGUGCUGAAGGCUGUAAAAAGGCAUAAGUUGUACCGCGCACAGAUCUAUCUGAACACGAAGGCUUUGAAUGAUUACACGAUUUCGUUAACCGAGCUUAUACCGCUUAUUGAUGCAGAACAACCUGAUUUGGGUAAUUGUCUGUUAGUCUAUAUAUCAAGUUGUUUAGCGGGCAGAGGCUAUCCAAGCGGCGAAAUUGACAUAGAAUCGGUACAAAAUGUUAAGCAUGACGUGUUACGCUGCCUGACCUCAUUGCACUCUGCGAAUAGUGAACAGGAAGAGCUGCCAUACCCAUAUCUGCGUGCUUUGCUUAAAUUUGAUACACGUGAAACACUAAACGUAAUUUCAUUGGCAUUUCAAGAGAAGGAGUUCAGUGGAGAAUUGGGCUUUUCACAGCGCAAACGUAUUAUAAAUAUUUUAUUGGAAAUCAUGACGCCAGAAAACGCGACUUGGGCUGAAAUCGGUUGCCUGUUGAAUUUUAUUGCUCAACAGAUAUCACAACAAUGUUUGCCAUGUGAUACACAACUGCUGCAAAAAGUACUGAAUUACCUCGCGGAAGAUGAAAUAGCUAAUGAGAGCGCAAGACAGCACUCUGAGCGUGAAACUGCUUGGCAUGAACUACUUGUGAAUAAUUGUUUAGAGAAUAUAAGCAAUGAUGAGGAGCAAUUGGUUUUAGCUAAUAAAGCGCGCUGCUACUAUGUGGAAGAGUACCUGCUAGAGAAACUACGACGUUUUGACACCAUACUGGAAUGCUAUCUGAAUAACAGUUUGCGGCAUGAAACUAUGUUUGUCUAUAUGGAACGUCAUGUAAAAACGCCAGAACGUAAGAUUUAUACUCAAUUCAAGACGCAUUUGAAGAGUUUGCUUAACAUUAACGCCAAAGAAGUAGCACGUAUUGUGCAUUUCCACUUUAUGGAUGAGCUGAGUGACCUUUUAAGUGUAGCAAGUGAUGAUGAAAAAUCACUAUUUAUAUUUUUAGAAAAUUUACAUAGAAGACGAGCAAAUAUUUCACAAGAGCAAUGUGAACAACUUUUAGAAUUAUUAUGUAAAAAUAAGCCAGACCAAGUUACUGAAUUUCUGGAAACUACGGAAAAUUACAGCACGGAAACUGCACUCAAUAUUGUAAAUAGAUAUGAACUCAAAAUGGCAGCACUCUACCUUUACGAAAAACAACAGAACUAUCAACAAGCUUUCGAUAUUUCCAUGGAAUUAUUCGCUUGUGCCAAUAGUGCAGAUGUCGAGGCAAGAGCGCAGGAUGUGUGCAGUUUAUGUGAAAGAGCGUCAGCACAUUUAGGUUUGAAAGAACGCGAAAAGUAUUGGUUCACAUUGAUACAAGUAGUACUACCGCGUGAAGAUCUCAAAUCUAUAACAAAAUCGAUGCUUCAUCAAGCAUCACAAUUUGUAGAUUUAACGAAUUUAGUGCAAUUGGUCAUGAACACACAUAAUGUAUCCGGAAACUUUGGCGAUAUUAAGAUAUUACUAAUGAGUAUGCUUAUGAAUUCUCGUUUGGAAACUGAAGCGCUGGGAAAUGCGCUCAAAGUGAUUGGUCACGAUUUACAUACAAAAUUCGCAAAACGACGUAAGGAGGCAUGUCGUGGCCUUUGGGUCACAAUGAUGCGUUGCGUAUUUUGCAAUCAGCGUUUGUAUAAUCAAACUAAUAUUCUAAUAUUGGGUGCUUGUGGUCAUGCGAUGCACGAACAAUGUGCAGACGACUUUGAACAAAAGAUUUUGUCGAAUAAAAAUGAAUUAAACAACGUGUCAAACGAUGAUGUUGACGAUGAUCCGUAUAAAUGCCCUCGCUGUCAAAUUACAAUAAAACCAAAUGUGCUAUGCAAUCCCGUAACGUUAUCCAAACCAAGUCAAAAUAUGUCAAAUGUAAAAAAUAAUGAAGAUAUGAUGCGAAAGAAUGAAAUAGGUGUUUUGAAACUCAAAGCGCCACCCAAAAAAUUUUGAGGCACGUCCAAUUGAACCGUUUUACAGCCAGUUUUAUAGUUUACUUGAAGAAUACACUGCUAAAUGUUCCACACCAUAGGAAAUAUAUUUUUUCGGUUAAAGUAAAAUAUAUAACGUGCGAAGGAACUUAACUUUUAUAAACUAUUUCAUGAUUAAUAUAACAAUAGUCAGUUAACCAGCUAAGAGUUAGAUCAAUACCACAUUCACACUGUUAUUAUCAGCAUUAAAAACAAAAAAUAAAAUAAUUUUAUAUAAUUUUCUACACGAUGCAAAAUACAAUUUUGCGGUACUACUUCAAAUGGUGCGAAAAACGUAACAUAAAAGUUCUUAAAAUCUUUAAUUACAAUAGCUAGCAAAUAUAUAUUUAUUACUAUUUCAUUAGCAUGUAAAUAUUUGAUAUUUCUAUUUCAAAUUAACUGCAACAAGCAAGCACUAAUUAAAAAGCUGCAGUCUACCACCUGUCAAUUUCUGUUUUAAGCAACAAUUCCAAUUUUUCUAUUAUAUUUUAUUUUUUAUAUUAAAUACA